AACUAUAAUAAUUUUAUCGUUGUUGUUGUUGUUAUGUUUGACUAUUAUCUCCAAUGCAAUUAAUAUUGACAUACCGGUGCCAUUGGCAGCCAAUGGUGGCACCAAUUGGGCAUUUUUGGUGGCUGGCGGUGAAGAUGAUGGCGAUAAAGACUGGUCUAUACAGGCCAAUGUCUAUCACGCCUAUCAAGUAUUGAAAGCCCGUGGCGUUCCCGAUUCCAACAUAAUUGUCAUGCAUUUGGACAAUGCGGUAAACAAAUCAACUAACCCUAGACCGGGUCAGGUAUAUAACUGGCCCGACGGUCCCGAUGUCUAUAAGGGUAUACCCAAACACUAUACCGGCCAGGAGGUUAACCCUACGAAUGUUUUAGCCGUACUUCGUGGUGAUCAGUCACUAAAACACCGGGGUAAAAAAGUACUGGAAUCGGGACCAUUGGACAAUAUAUUUGUCUAUUUGAUGACACACGGUGGCCCACAAGUGCUGGCCUUCCCCUACGGUGGCUACUUGUUUGCCAAAGAUAUUAUAGCAACAUUCAAGGAUAUGUAUGCUAAUAGACGAUACCGACAACUAGUCAUACAUGUAGAAGCAUGCGAAUCGGGAUCUAUGUUUCAAAAUAUAAUGCCCCCGGAUAUUGGUGUCUAUGCUGUAGCAUCGUCCCAACCAACACAAAUGAGCCGGGUAGCCGGUUAUGAUAGUAAACUAAUGGAUUUUACUGCCGGUUAUUUUGCAAUCACAUGGUUAAACCAUACAGAGGACAGGCAUCGGGAAUUACUGGACGACCAGUUUGACUAUAUUAGAUCCCAAACAGCUAAAGACUAUUACGAUCCCUAUACAGGUCUGAAAUGGCAUCAAAAUGCCGGCCAUUACGGUAACCUAUCCAUUGGACGGUUAGAUAUUGGCCAGUUUGAGGGUCCCAAACCAUACAAGAUAGCUACUGGUGGUGAUAGUGAUCAUCAUAAUGAUGAUGAGCACCGGGAGACAGUCAGUAUGCGUGAUGUUCAGGUAGUCGUAGCCGAAAAACGGUUACUACUGGCCGUCAGUACCAGUGAUAAGCUUCGGGCAAUUGAUCAGUUGAAACACCAACUACUGGGUCGUCAAUUAGUUAAUAAACUGUUUGAACAGUUUGCCGGAGUAGUUGGACAGUUGUUGUCGACGACGACGACGACGAUGACGACUGGUUUGGACAGUCAGCUAUUGGUGGACCAGGAGUUGGUAUCUAAUUGUUAUGAGCUGUUUGUCAAUACUUUUCAAUCAAAGUGUUUCAAUAUGAAUAAGAAUCCAUACGUUUUGGGCAAACUUAACGUAUUUGUCAAUAUCUGUGAACACUUGACGGCCAGACAACUGGCCAUUGCAUUGAACCAAUUGGUCGGUCAAUGCGAGACCACUAACGCUAUUGUCGGCCACUAAAGACC